GGCUUCCCUUGAACUUUCUUCGUAUAUACUCCAUCUUUUGAUAUAGCCACAAUGGACGACAUCGACGACAAGAAAACCAGCCUCUACGUGGGGAACUUGGAUCGUCGCUGCACCGAACAGUUUGUUAAAGAUAUUUUCUCUAAAUGUGGAAAGGUCGUUAGAUGCAAGAUGAUUAACGCGAGCUCAUCAACAGACCCAUACUGUUUUGUGGAAUUUGAAAAAAGGAAAGAUGCAGAAUAUGCCCUUUGUGCCAUGAAUAAUAGGACUGUUUAUGACAAGAAUAUUAAGGUGAACUGGGCGACUAAUAACACUGGAGGCAUGAGGAAAGACACAAGUAAUCAUUAUCACAUAUUUGUGGGUGACCUUGAUCCAGAGAUUGAGAAUGAGGGUCUUUAUAAGGCUUUCUCUGCUUUUGGACAAGUAUCGGAUUGUCGUGUUGUAAAAGAUACUACAUCUGGAAAGUCCAAGGGAUAUGGUUUUGUGUCAUUUGUCAAAAAGGAGGAUGCUGAGAAAGCCAUGAGGGAAAUGAAAGGUCAGCAGUUAAAAGGCAGAAACAUACGAACUAACUGGGCUGCUAGGAAAGCAAUGGUACCAGGUGAGGAUCAGUUCCCCCUUUCAAGAUUGACCAAUGUAUACCAGAUGCAAAAGUUCCCUUCCUGGUUUACUCCUGCAACAAAGCAACUGUCAUUGGAAGAAAUAUCACGUCAGGCCUCUCCAUAUAACUCCACCGUGUACGUUGGUAAUCUUCCACCGGGUUGCACUGAUGAUACACUUCGUCAGAACUUCUCACACUUUGGACAGAUCUAUGACAUCAAAAUAUUUCCAGAGAAAUUUUAUGGAUUUAUCAAAUUUUACACACAUGACCAAGCAUUAGAUGCCAUUUACAACUCACAGAGAACUGUGCUAGGAGAUAAUUUAUUGAAAUGUUCUUGGGGAAAGGAACAGACAGAUAUGAACAACGCUCAAUCAGCAAUGCAGCAAUGGCAGCAGUAUUAUCAACAAUAUUAUCAGCAAGUUUACAAUCAACAACCCAUGCAGCAGCAGUCUCCGGCUCAGGCCGGGUAUGUUCAGUACCCAGCAGCAGCAGCGGCAGCUCAGUAUGUUUACUAUCCACAGCAGCCCUUUGGAAACCAACCAAUGCAAGUUGUGCAAGCAGCAAUGCCGGGGUAUCCUGCUCAAAUGUCGCCAGCGUCUUCAGCUGGUCAACAGCCUCCCACUCAGAAUCAGCAGAUGAUGGGUAUGAUUGGGCCUCAUCACCAAGGAGCUCCCUCCCCUGCCAAUCCAACUUCUUACGUCAUGCAGCAGGCUGCAGGCUACCCAACACAGUAGUGAUACUACAAGAAACCACUGUAUAAGAGCAAAGAAAUCAUUUAACUUAGAAACCGUCGACAGAGUUGACAAUAGACGAAUCCUCUAGACGAAAGAGGAACAAUUUAUUGAGAGGAAAAUAUGCAACGAAGUUUUUGAACACAAAAUUCUCUCGUCUCGCAUCAGAUGAAAACAAAACAAAAAAAAUAUCCAGGCUAUAAAAAAAAAGCGAAUCCUUGUGUAGCAUUGAACCCUUUUGUGUUGAAAAAGUAGGGCAGUAGUGCGUAGAGCAUUUUAACUAUAAAGCUGAUAACCAUACAUGUAUACUUUGUACAGUUUAAAAAGUAUAUUUUGUAUUUAUUGCGUUCCCUUUGUUGGAUUUGGAUUCUACCUCUGACGCCUUUUUAAACGUAUAAACAAUAUUUUUUCAUGCCAUGAAAGCGAUAUCUCGUACGAUUUGGUGGCUCUUUGUAGAAUUUAACCCCGCAAUAUUUGAAAAUGAACUUUUUCAACAUACAAAAGGUGUUCAGGGCUGGGCUUAGCUGCGUAAAUAGCAGUAACUGUGUUCCAUGUCACAAAGCUGUGUACAUUUGUCGAAUGUGGAUCUCUCUCUCGCUGGUCGUGCUUUUUGUAGUGUAACAGUUUAGUAUUUGUAGUCAUGUGAAAAGAACAGAAAGCUCUGGGGGAAAAUGACGAAGUAUGAAUGUAGGGAUAUAUGCGCUGCCGCCUCCAGCGACCAGGAAAAGAAGAAAUAAAAGAGACGUUUUGCAAAGUA